UCUCCCCUCUGUGCCCGCAGGAGGAACCGCGGGUAGGCUCCACGCCGCUGGCCAUGCUCGCCGCGACCUGCAACAAGAUCGGCAGCCCCAGCCCCUCGCCGUCCGCCCUCUCGGACAGCGCGUCCUCCUUCGGCAAAGGCUUCCACCCCUGGAAACGCUCCUCCUCCUCCUCCUCGUCCUCGGCGGGCAGCUGCGGCGCCGUGGGCUCCGGCCUCCCGGGCUUCGGCGUGGCGGGCGCGGCGCGCAACGGCUCCUCGGCGGCGGCGGCGGCGGCAGCGGCGGCGGCGGCGGCGGCCGCCCUCGUCUCGGAUUCGUUCAGCUGCGGCGGCUCGCCGGGCUCCAGCGCCUUCUCCCUCACCUCCAGCAGCGCGGCGGCCGCCAGCUCGCCCUUCGCCAACGACUACUCCGUCUUCCAGACGCCGGGCAGCGCCGGCGGCGGCGGCGGCGGCGGCGGGGGCGGCGGCGGCGGGGCGGCGGGACAGGAGGCGGCGGCGCACCAGCCCGUCUUCAUCUCCAAGGUGCACACGUCGGUGGAGGGGCUGCAGGGCAUCUACCCGCGGGUGGGCAUGGCGCACCCCUACGAGUCCUGGUUCAAGCCCUCGCACCCGGGGCUGGGCGCCGGCGAGGUGGGCUCGGCGGGCGCCUCCAGCUGGUGGGACGUGGGCGCCGGCUGGAUCGACGUGCAGAGCCCCAACGGGGCGGCCGCGCUGCCCGGCUCGCUGCACCCGGCGGCCGGCGGGCUCCAGACCUCGCUCCACUCGCCGCUGGGCGGCUACAACUCGGAUUACUCGGGCCUGGGCCACUCGGCCUUCAGCAGCGGCGCCUCCUCGCACCUCCUCAGCCCCGCCGGGCAGCACCUCAUGGACGGAUUUAAGCCAGUGCUGCCCGGCUCCUACCCGGACUCGGCCCCCUCGCCGCUGGCCGGCGCCGGGGGCUCCAUGCUGGGCGGCGGCCCCGCCGCGCCGCUGGCCGCCUCGCCGCGCUCCUCCGCCCGCCGCUACUCGGGCCGCGCCACCUGCGACUGCCCCAACUGCCAGGAGGCCGAGCGGCUGGGGCCGGCGGGGGCCAGCCUGCGGCGCAAGGGGCUGCACAGCUGCCACAUCCCCGGCUGCGGCAAGGUCUACGGCAAGACCUCGCACCUGAAGGCGCACCUGCGCUGGCACACGGGCGAGCGGCCCUUCGUCUGCAACUGGCUCUUCUGCGGCAAGCGCUUCACCCGCUCCGACGAGCUGCAGCGGCACCUGCGGACCCACACGGGCGAGAAGCGCUUCGCCUGCCCCGUCUGCAACAAGCGCUUCAUGCGCAGCGACCACCUCAGCAAGCAUGUCAAGACCCACAGCGGCCCCGGCGGCGCCGGCGGCCCCGGCGGCGGCGGCGCCGGCGGCGGCCCCGGCCCCGGCGGCAAGAAGGGCAGCGACACCGACAGCGAGCACAGCGCGGCCGGCAGCCCGCCCUGCCACUCCCCGGAGCUGCUGCCGCCCCCCGAGCCCGGCCACCGCAACGGCCUGGAGUGACGGGCGGAGGCGCGGGGCCGCCG